UCUUCCGCACCAGACACUCCUUACUCGCCGUCGAAAACAACAUGCGGCCCUCUGCAGUUCGAAUGGGCGAGAUGCCCGGCCCUCUGGCCUACUCCCCGUGGUGGGGUACCCCGAUCAAGAAGCAGAAGGGCAUCGGGGCGUACACCAUCUCGCCGUACCAGUCGAAGGCGGCACCCAACAUGAUCCGCACCUACAUCUUCAACGCGUACCGCCGUCUUUCCGGAGAGGCCUUCUUCUUCGUCAUUCCCUUCGCUAUUGGCUACGGCACCUACGCCUGGGCGAAGAAGUACGACGCCUGGCAGAACAGCAAGGCCGGCCACAUCGCGCUCGGCGGCUCGCACUAGACGUGUAGCUUGUUAUGACAGCGGUAUAGAGCAAUGCAUGUGCCUCAACCUUUCGGACGUCCCUCCUACGCGUGCCAUACGCAAGUCACUCCCUGGCGCGGACAUAAAAACGGCUGUGAGCAAGCCCUUGGCCUGGGGCCCUUCUCCCAUACUUUUGCUUUCUACGCUGCGAUGCUGCUGCUUCGGGAUAAGUCGUCUAGUUUCUGAUCACGCCUUGGGUCGUUGGAGCUUGAAAGCGGUUAGGGCCAUUUCGCAGUCGUGUGGCCGUUUUGCGCAAGUUUUGUUCCCAUCUUCUCUGACCUGAGCAAAACUCCGCUUUAUUGGGUAGACCUCCUACUAGUGUACGUCCUACACCAGUAAGAAUAUGAAGAAUACGCCGUU